CCCUCCGAAACCUUCAGGAUAGCCAACGACCCUACCCCAUCAUCAGGCCAAUGCGUCCGCAUCUACGACGUCCCCGACAUCCUCCGCCUCCGCGCGGCCCUACCCCAUCGUGACGGGGGUUUCCAAGUCCACGGCGACGUCAUGACGCCCCUGGCCUGCCCAAUCCCGACUCCUGAGGACGACGGGGAUGUGGACGAUCCGGAAGACGUACGCGACACCCUCUCGCCCCUUCCGGUCGUGCAGGUCGACGCAGCGAGACACUUCACAAUGAAGGCGAAGUAUAUGAGCGAAGUCACAAACUUACUACAGUGUCAACGCGCCUCCCCGAGGGCCAUCCAACUCCUGGGGAGGUCGGCGUCUGGAGAGCUCGUCUUCGAGCGCCACCUCACUCGCUACGACGUCGGGCGGUACUGCUCGAUCGCCAUCUACAAGCGCUGGAUCCUCGACAUCAUCGACGCGCUGGCGUGUUUGCAUGGGAGGGGAUCGUUCAUAAGGAUCUGAUAGUCGACAACCUCCUCUGGUCCGUCGACGGCCAGCGCGUCGUCGUGUGCGACUUGGAGAGUCACUGGGGGCUGCGACACGCGCCGGAGGUGUCGUGGGGCCGGAGGAUCGGGCUAGUAUUGAGGAGUUGAGGGUGAUGGUUGAGGCGAUUGACGAUGGGGAUGGCGAUUCGCCUUCAGGCACAACCCCUACCGCCCUAUCCUGUCAAUCCAUCCAAGAGCCAUCGUCAAUCGACCAUGGGUGGAGUUUUACGAAACCAGAAUUCCCACAUCGUUCCUCCUCCUCCU